GGUGCGCCCUGGACGCCGCUCCUACGCCCAGUGCCUGGGCAGCUGCUCAGGCGGGAGGGGGCCAGAGGGGAGGUGUCGCAACUGACUCCCUCCCUCUUCCCCCCCCCGCCUUGGCACUCAGUUACCUCGCAGAUGAGCGCUCUCGCAGACUGCGGCGGGCGCCCGGGCGCCCGGCAUGUCCCCUGAGUGUGCGCAGACGACGACGGGCACUGGCCCCUCGCUCACCCUGGACCACCAAGUCAAUCGCACCCAUUUCCCUUUCUUCUCGGAUGUCAAGAGCGACCACCGGUUAGUACUGAGUGCCGUGGAGACCACCGUGCUGGGGCUCAUCUUUGUGGUGUCACUGCUGGGCAAUGCGUGUGCUCUGGUGCUCGUGGCGCGCCGUCGGCGCCGCGGAACGACAGUCAGCCUGGUGCUCAACCUCUUCUGCGCGGACUUGCUUUUCACCAGCGCCAUCCCUCUGGUGCUCAUCGUACGCUGGACCGAGGCCUGGCUACUGGGCCCCAUCGUCUGCCACCUGCUCUUCUACGUGGUGACCAUGAGCGGCAGCGUCACGAUCCUCACGCUGGCGGCGGUCAGCCUGGAGCGCAUGGUGUGCAUCGUGCGCCUGCAGCGCGGCUUGAGGGGCCCUGGGCGGCCGGCGCAGGCAGCGCUGCUGACUUUCAUCUGGGGUUACUCAGCGCUCACCGCGCUGCCCCUCUGCAUCUUGUUCCGAGUGGUCCUGCAGCGCCUUCCCGGCGGGGACCAGGAAAUUCCGAUUUGCACAUUGGAUUGGCCCAACCGCGUAGGAGAAAUCUUGUGGGAUGUGUUUUUUGUGACUUUCAACUUCCUGGUGCCAGGGCUGGUUAUUGUGAUCAGUUACUCCAAAAUUUUACAGAUCACAAAGGCGUCAAGGAAGAGGCUCACGCUGAGCUUGGCAUACUCGGAAAACCACCAGAUCCGAGUGUCCCAGCAGGACUACCGGCUCUUCCGCACCCUCUUCCUGCUCAUGGUCUCCUUCUUCAUCAUGUGGAGUCCUAUCAUCAUCACCAUCCUCCUCCUCUUGAUCCAGAACUUCAGGCAGGACCUGGUCAUCUGGCCGUCCUUCUUCUUCUGGGUGAUGACCUUCACGUUCGCCAACUCCGCCCUGAACCCCAUCCUGUACAACAUGUCGCUGCUCAGGAACGAAUGGAGGAAGAUUUUUUGCUGCUUCUUUUUCCCAGAGAAGGGAGCCAUUUUUACAGACACGUCAGUCAGACGAAAUGACUUGUCUGUUGUUUCCAGCUAACUAGCUGGAGCCAGGUGAACCGUUGUGUGCAUGUAAAGGGGGUUGCCUUCUGAGGGAGUCACUGGUGCACCCUGCUUUAAGAAAAUCCAACUUCCAAUGGCACACAUCUUCAGGGCCAGCAAAUUAAGGAAUGACCACUCCGUAUAAAAAUAUUUUUUUUCGGCUGGGCGGUGGUGGCGCACGCCUUUAAUCCCAGCACUCGGGAGGCAGAGGCAGGCAGAUCUCUGUGAGUUUGAGGCCAGCCUGGUCUAGAAGAGCUAGUUCCAGGACAGGAACCAAAAAAGCUACAGAGAAACCCUGUCUCGAAAAUAAAAAAAAAAAAAAUAUUUUUUUUCUUAAAAAGACUUUCUAUGGGUUGCUUUUUAUGGACUUUUUUAGUGUUUGUAAUAUGAUUGAGUUAAUAAAUUUUUAUUUAUAACUGUUCCUACAUAUAAACUUGUACCUUAUGACUGCUGAAAUAAACCUUGGAGGUGA